AUGCAUGUAAAACUUGGGUCAUGGCAAGCUCCACAGAUCUUUGAUCUCAUCAAGAGUGCUCACCAGAAUGACAACACAUUCACUAACUUCUGUGUAAAGCUCAACUCGUUUUUGAACAUAUUUCUACCUGCCUGGAACAUACCCCUACCAGAUGGAAGAAGAGUUUGUCUCCAAUCAGAUCACACAGUUACUGAGUGUCAAUUUCUACAAGUCAACUAUGAGUCAAUGGUGGACUGGCAACAAUAUAUGGACUACCUCUGGUGCAAUCCAUGGUUUUUCAAUGCACCAUGGUUUGAUUAUGUGUUCAUCCAGUCCAAGAAAGAAGUCAUUAUUGGGCCCCUGGUCCUCCUGUUUGAGUGCCCAGUUGGAAAUGGUGACAAGCACCUCAACCUUUUCAGAGUUCGAGUAAAACUAUGGGCACAGGCAGAAUUUAUAUUGAUCAGGUCGAUCAUUCACAGGUGUUAA